GUUUCCGGAUUCAGAUUGUGAUGUAGGUCAAACAUGAGGCAAACAUGGCUACCGAACAGACGUUGAGAUCUUUUGGAUGCGAACAGAACUUGCUAUCCCGUCCAGAUGGCUCAGCAAAUUUUACACAAGGUGAUACCACUGUGCUGGCAGCAGUCUAUGGUCCAGGGGAGGUGAAGAUGAGUGAAGAGAUAAUUGACAAGGCCACACUGAGGGUCAUCUUCAAACCCAAAGUUGGACUCCCAGGCUGUGCAGAGAAGUUCCAGGAGAGAGUCCUGAGGAACACGUGUGAGUCAGUGGUCCUGGCCACACUUCACCCCCGCUCAGCCAUCAACAUCAUCUUACAAAUCAUCCAGGACUCAGGAUCUCUGCUGUCGUGUUGCGUGAACGCGGCAUGCGUGGCGCUGAUGGACGCCGCCGUGCCCAUGAAGUGCCUGGUCAGCGCCGUCACGUGUGCUCUGACAGAGGAAGGACAGAUCGUUCUGGAUCCUGACUCAAAACAAGAGAAGGAGUCCUCCGCUGUCCUAACAUUUGCUUUUGACAGCAGAGAAAACAAUGUGAUCACCUGCAGCACAAAAGGAUGCUACACACCUGAACAGUAUCAAGAAAGUCUGUCAGCAUGCCGAGAAGCCAGUAAAAACAUUUCCAGUUUCUUCAGGCAGGCGGUGGAGAAAAGAAUGUCAAAGGAACUCAAAGUCAAGACGUAGCAUUUUCAGAUGUACAAUGUUUGUCUUUCAAAGGUUGUCUGAAGUCGAUAUCGCCCCCCGUCCCGGUUGAGCGAUGGUUGAAGUGCCCUGAUGUAUAUGGCCUCUUUUAUGCCUCUCUUGAAGUAAUCCUGUUCGGUAUCCAAGAUUCUGACCCCCUCUAGAUCCACUGUGUGUCCCGGUGAUUCUAUGUGGAUGUGCUGUGACACCUCAGAUGCAAAAGAACUGGGUCGUCUAUGUUCUAGAAACCUGGUUUUUAGUGAGCGCUCAGUUUCCCCGAUAUAGGUUUCCCAACAGGGGCCUCUGUUGGUGUUUCCCUGGCAACUUAUGUGGUAGAUAACCCCACACUUGUCUUCCUUGGGAGUUUUGUCCUUAGGUGCCACAAGGAGCUGUCUUAACGUACGAUGAGGUCUAAAACAGGUACUCACUCCAUGUGCAGCAAAGUUUCUACGUAGUUGCAUCUGAGGUGUCACAGCACAUCCACAUAGAAUCACCGGGACACACAGUGGAUCUAUAGGGGGUCACAAUCUUGGAUACC